AUGAGCGAACCAAACUAUUGGAAAAAUCUCAACUUUUUUAGUAAGAGCCGCCCUCAGUGAGAGAUAAAAAUUUUUUUACUAAAUAUUUAUGAAAUAAUUUGAUAUAUAAGUUUAAUGAAAAAUAUAGCUAAUUCUUUUUGAAUUUUUGAGCAGCUUGCAUUUAAAACAAAAUUAAAAACAUUUUACUUCAGAUUUUUACGACUUGGAUUUUUUUUCGAAAAAUAA